AUGUCGCCGCACGGCCACGGCAGCGACGACGACGAGGCCGCCGUCACCGCCAUAUCCAACGAGGAGUGGUGCUCUUGGCUGCAUGCGGAGCUGCGUGCGUGCCCCGCCUAUGCCACGCACGGCGCGCUGCUAGACGAGUGCUGCGCGAUCGCCGCUCGCUGGCGGACGCGCUUCUGGGGCCGCAAGGCGCUGUGGAACCGGAUGCGGCGUGGCAGCCGGUUGGCAAAGGAACUCGCUGAGGCGGCGCCGGUGCUGGAGCGUGCGAGGCUCGAGGCGCAGUCGGUGAAGUUGGAGGGAGGUGCGCGGGUCGUCGUGAUCGACCUUUGCUCUGGGUUUGGGUACAUGGCCAUGUUCCUCUCCGAGCUGCUGCCGCCGGACAAGGUUGAGCGGAUCGUCCUCGUCGACAAGGCGUGGGCGAGGCACGGCGUCGAGCGGCGGCCGCACCACAUCGACCCGGCGCACAUCUCCGACCCCGGGUGGCCGAUCCGGCUCUCGACGUCGCACGCCGACCUCAAGACGCCCAGCGACCGGCGCAGCCUCCUGCGCGCCUUUUU